UCUGAUUUCACGUUUGAAUUCUGAAAACCCGCCAAUCAAAUUUUCUCUUUCUUUCUCACCGGCCAAACAGGAAUAUAAAGAGAUUCGAUUCUCCUUGUCGACUUUUGCUUUUCGCUUAACUUGAUUCUCUCUGUUCGUUUCUCGGGAAAACGUCAAUGUCUUCGUUUGUUUCUCAAGAAUCUGAGUCUAAUUCACGACCUCUUUACUGCCGCAAAGAAAAAUCCCUCGGCCUUUUAUGCUCCAAUUUUUUGGCGUUGUAUAAUCAGGACAGCGUUCAAACGAUUGGACUCGAUGACGCGGCUUCAAAAUUAGGAGUCGAACGUCGACGUAUAUAUGAUGUAGUCAAUAUAUUGGAGAGUAUUGGAGUAGUUGCAAGAAAAGGAAAGAAUCAAUACUUAUGGAAGGGUUUUGGAGAAAUUCCAAAGGCCUUGGAAAAGCUUAAGGGAGAGGCUCUGGAACAAAAUUUCUGUUUCUCAGAUUGCAGCAAAUCAUUAAGGGUUUUAGAUGAAACUGAAAGUGCAAAGCCUUUGUAUGUGAAGAGUGAAGGGCAAUAUAAUCUUUCAGAAUCAUCAAAACGUUCUGAUACCAAAAGAGAAAAAUCCCUUUGGCUUAUCACACAGAACUUCCUCAAGCUUUUCCUUUGUUCAGAUGCUGAAUUGAUCACCCUUGAUAGUGCAACGUUUUCUUUGCUGGGAAACGUCCCGAAUUCAACUGCUGUGAGAACAAAAGUUAGACGAUUGUAUGACAUUGCCAAUGUGUUUUCUUCCAUUAAUUUAAUUGAGAAGACCCAUCACCCCGAGAGCAGGAAACCGGCAUUUAGGUGGCUGGGAUGGGGAGCCAAACAUCACAAUGGAUCAAAGACAGCUUUGGAAUUGAAUGAAUCAAAGAAAAGGACGUUUGGGACUGAGAUUACAAACCACGGUUUAAAGAGAACGAAGACAAACACCUCGGUUCAUAGGAAGUUAAACCAGAAGGAACAUAUGGCAAUGCAUAUAAAGCUCGAUAGUGUAGAAUAUGAACAUAAAAUGGAGCACCAUUCAGAGGCAUGCUCUAAGGGUUUUGCAUUUGGCCCUUUUACUCCUGCUGCUGUAUCCUCAGGAAACAAAAAUGUUAGAGCGAUUCGAGAUUGGGAGAGCCUUGCUUCUACCUACAAACCCCAGUAUCUUAAUCAAGCUCUAAGUGAUCUUUUUGUUCAUUACAUGGAAGCAUGGAACUCAUGGUAUGCCGAAAUUGCAAGAAAAGAAGAGAUUCAUUAAAGCCUCUCUCUUUGAUUCUCUAACCCAAGAUGACCAAACACACAUGCUUCCGAAUAUGGUACGCAGCAUUUCUGACACUUUUAGUGGAUGGAUUUUCUCGAUCCAACGACCCUCUCUAGUAAUCAUAUUAUCUUCCAUUCCAUGCAUUUUCAUAAUUCCUUGUGAGCUUCCUGUACCUGCAUUACAUGUUUUAUU